AUGCAAUACACUCUCUUAACUAUCGCUUUCGCAAUUGCUGCGACUGCCAUGCCAGGGCAGAAAGGUCAACACGGUCAAGUGUCUAUUGCCGAAGCUCAAGGCCAGUGUCCAGGAGGUGAAAUUGCAUGCUGCGUCAAUAAUGAAGAAAUCAAUGGUGAUGGUAUUCUGGGAAAUCUACUGCAAAAGGGUGCUCUUUUGCAAAAUGUUCUUGGGACUCAAGAUUCAGCUUGUGCUAAGACAAGCUUGAUUGAGAAUCUCAACUUGCUCGGCUUUACUGUGGAAGGUAGCGACGGGCCUUCCUGCUCGUCACAAACCGCUUGCUGCUCUGGUGACGGCUGCAAGGUUCUCUAA